GUUCCUGUCGGCGUAGAAGCCACGGCUUUUUUAUUGUCUUUCCUUACCGUCUUUGGAAACUCUCUGGUUGUGAUCGCAAUCGUGAAGGACCCGUUCAGUGAGCUGAGGACUAUUCCAAACUACCUCAUCUUGAAUCUGGCGGCAUGUGACCUAAUCGUAGGUAUUCCAAGCAAACUGUUACUGUCUUUAUCUCACUUUUAUGUAUCAUAUAAUUUGUACUACGUGGCCUUCACUUCGCUGUAUACGUCCAUGGUAUCAUCUGCCUUGACUGUACUAACACUAGCAUUUGACCGAUACAUCAUGGUCGAAGGGCCACUUAAAAGCCAGGAAUAUCUGAUUCACUCUACAAUGGAGGACAAAAUUCUUAGGACAAUUAACACGAUCUGCCUUAAUUUUUCCCCCUUUCCCCCUCUCCCCUGAGCAAUGUUGUAGUUUGUGCACCCCUGUACACUUUACCCUGUCCUAAAAGUGUUUCUUCAUCCCAACAUUGUUUGGAGGGGAGAGGGGAGGGCCAGUCGCGGUAUCCAAGUGGUUAGAGAAGUGUACAUUAUGCUACAUCUGAACAUUUGAUAAGUUAAGGAUGUGGAAGGAAGGUUUUCCAUAACCGUUCCAAGGAUUUUUGUCCUCCAUUGUCUCAACAAUAUUCCAGGUGGUAUAUAUGAAAUUUGGAAGGAAUUUUAUAGUCAAAAGUUGGGAGACCAGUUUUCUCUGUUUCCAUUUUUAGAAGUAGGCUAUGGCAGGUACCUUAUUGUGUGCCUGUUUUGAAAACAACUCGGAGAUGGGGGCAGGUAGGGGAACACCAUGGUGUGAUAUAUGAUACAAAGAGUCGUGUCGUUUCAUUAUAUUAUUAUCUAUUCGUUUUUAUGUCAUAAAACCAUCCUUGUCAAUGCAAAAGAGAGUGAUUUAAAUUCACAGUCUGAGAUUGUCUGGUUUUCAUGCCUGAAAUCUAGUUAUUGUAUCCAAAGGGUUAAAAGUAGGUGGGGAGGGGCCAUGUACUUCGAAAUUCGUUCCCAGGCUUAGCGCAUUAUUCUAACGGUCUUUGUGGGGAUCGUGAUAUUCGCCAUCGCAGAGUAAAAAUGGAAUGUCUGCAAGCUGGGAGCCAACGCGUUGUGUAUUUAAUUACAUAUAGUCGAGCGGAUGUUGUUAAGUUUCCUUCUAAAGAAAAGUUUUUCCAAUGCUGUAUUACAAGCUUGGCAGAAUUUUGGCGUUAGAGUUGUACAGUGGGUAACGUGUAUUGAGGCUCAUCAGAACACAGAUAAUGCCGAAACUGGGCAGGAGAUGAAUCUAUACCAUUAUCAUAUGGCUAUCAAACUGGAAAAGAGGGUCCGGUGGUUUCAAGUACGAAAGUAUUUAGACGAGAACUUCGGGAUAAAGGUGAAUUUCAGCGAUAAUCACACCACCUACUACAGCGAGUACCGUUACGUCACGAAAGAAGACAAGGACGCUUUGCACUUGCCUUGCGAUCCAGCUUUAACAGACGUUCCUCCUCAAACCGAAUCUGCUGUGGCCACGAAAAAGAGGAAAGCGAAGGCUAAGCAACAGCGCCGUAACUCUAAGAAAAGAGGAGGUGAUCGCCUGAGCACUUUUGACGUGUGUGAGCUGGUGCAAGCCAAAUCCAUAAGCUCACGCUUAGAGCUGGUGUCUUUAGCGGCGGCUCAAGUUAGAGAAGGGAAAACCGCGUUGGCCGAAUUUAUUGCCAACCGGGGAAGUAAAGCGGUCGAUGAAGCGAUUCAGUUAGCCAAGGAAUUUGCCGAGGCCGAAACACGUUUAAAUCGGUCUAAAAAAACCCGCAUUGAACUGCUAGAAGAGGAGCUGACCGGGGAGUGCAUUGAGGGUUGUGAAGGGAGAUGGCUUACAGCUGCGGAAGAGUUACUCCAGCGCCACGAGAUCGAAAAGUGUUCAUUCUGCAAUGCAAUUUACAGUGCACUGGAAAAAGGUAGAGGGAAGUAUCGCAAUGUUUAUAUACAUGGUCCUGCAAAAUGCGGGAAAUCGUUUAUUGUAUCGCCACUAAAAGUUAUUUACCAGGCUUUUUCGAAUCCCGCCACUGGUUCAUUUGCCUGGAUAGGUGUGCUGAAGAGGCCGAGAUUAUAUGUCUUAAUGAUUUUCGGUGGCAUCCUAAGAUCAUCGCCUGGGCCGAUUUUCUGCAAGCUCUAGAAGGGGAUACAGUUCACUUACCGGCGCCCAAAAAUUUAUGUAGCAAAGAUAUUGAGCUAUCAAAAGAUACCCCGUUUUUUGCGACCUCGGAUGCCCCGUUGGUGCUAGUGAAAGGGGGUGCGAUCGACCGCGUGAAUACAGAAAUGAUGAGCUGCCGAUGGGUUUUUUUCAAUUUCUGGAAGCAAAUACCACAUGCAGAACAGGAGGAUAUUCCCCCGUGUAGAUUUUGCUUCGCAAAAUUUAUUUUGCGUGAUUUGCGUGGCUGAUGUGACCCCUUUUUACCUUGCAUGACUAAAACUUGACAUUCGAAAGACAACUGUUGUCACAGUUCUCACGUACAGUUCUCGGGCUAAAAAACUUUUUUUUACGCUGUUUUGACGGCCCGUACAAUCCAGUUAUGUACUUGUCAUUAUUGUUGUUCGAGUUCCCCCUGUAAAUAUUGGUUUUAGAUAAGCAAUUAUACGCGGACAACGAUUUUGGCAACAGUUCUCGCCUUAAACUAAUAAAGAAAUGAAACGUUAACAAUCUCCUUUUAAAUGUUUAACCCGAGAACUGUUGUAAAUCGCAAAAGCCAUGUGCUUUAUAUAUUACUUGUACAACAUUCAGUGGCAAUGAAACAUUUUAUUACUGUUUUUAUACAGCUGGAUCAUAGAUCAAAAUUCUUUAGCGCGAUAUUUCACAUAAUGUCGCCGAGAACUGUGUCCGAGAAAUGUUAUAUGUUAAAAAAAACACAGCGACUCAAUGUAACGCAAUCCUGUGCUCUUUUCCAAAAAAACAUUAUGAUUUAAUACAAGUGGCAACUAUUUUGUAAGGUUAAAAGUUCAUUCAUUCAUGAUUAUCAAUCAAAGUAGCUGUGGUUCGGAAAAAUGAGUCUUCAUUGUUUUAGUAUAAGAAAAAUAGUAUGAAGGUGACAUUCAAUUGCGUGAUUAAUAUUUUAUUCUUUCGCCCUUAGAGGCGAGAAUAGCUGUAAUCCUUCGGUUCAUACUAGAGAUAGUUUUAUCUAUAGUUUCAACGGGAAUAUUCCCAAAUGCUUCCAAAACUCGAACGUUAAAUUCAUCAAAGGAUUCCCUCACAAUGUUUCUGGAGAUUGCCUCCUGAUCUAAGUAGCGCUUAACAAGAUGGAAAAUAUUCUCUAUGGGAUUCAGAUCUGGUGACCGGGGUGGGAUUUCAUGAAAGCUUCCCUCAAUAUCUUCAAGGGCGAGUUUCGCGGCCCGACUGGUCUGUGAGGGGUCGUUGUCCAUAACAAAUAAGCGUCGACCAUCUGCUUUUGGACCAGCUUUUGCAAAAGUAAGGUUGAAAUGUUCCCGAAUAAAUGUUGCAAAAAAUUCACCUGUCAUUUUCUCGUACGGUACUUUUAAGAUGACUCCUUUUCCGUAUGCUAUGGCGACGAUAACAUGCAAACGCCGUCCACCCGCUAAAUCUUUACAUCCUUUGGUUGUAAGUUGAAGCCCUUCCUCUCGUUUUCGCCACACCCUGGCUCUGUUAGAGGCCGCACCACUUUUCGGGUUAUACUUGUGAACAAACGAUACCCCGUCCAAGUAAAAGGAAAUUUCAUUUUUCCAGAAAUCAGGAUUUCUGAUCAGCUCUUGCUUCAUCUUACGUGCAAAUUGCAGUCGCACUUUUUCAUCAUUGUCACUAAGAAUCCCCUUUCUCCUAGCCGAAAAAUAAUGGUAUCCAAGUUCAUUCAAAUAGCGCGAAUACGUCUUCCUACUGGCCACUUGAAAACUAAGACCACUCUCUUCAACUAAACUUCUCACAGUAACGUGUACAUUAUUCCGUCUAAAAGACUUUAAGGUACCAAUCAGUAAACGCAUCUUUCUUUCGCUUACAUUUCGUGGUCUUCCCCGCUUCUUGUCACUUGGCAUCCUCGUCAAACUUCCACGUUGAAACUCACUACUGCAAAUUCGGUGCGCAGACGAUUUUGAUAUUCCACAUGCGUCAGCGAUUCUUCGGUAAGAAAAUUUACUGUAUGUUCUCAGGUACCAGGCAAAAGCCCUUUUCUCUGCUGCGAUUUGUUGGGUAAAAACCAUACUUGCGUGUACAUGCAAUUAUUCCCAAACCAGACGAAGAGUAAUUUUUCAUGGAAAGUUGAACAACGUCACACUCGAUACCGUUUUCGAACUCUGCUAAAGCUCGCGCAAACAUUACUUUUGGUCACGCCAUAUCCUUUCACAUUGUAAAUAACAAUUCCUUGUCUUAUUAUGGUGUUUUUUCUAUUUUUCAAAACGUUAAUAGCACUUUUGUGCGUUAGGUAGUAUUCAGACAUGUAGCCUGCGAAAACAUCCGUUUCUCCUCGCUCUUCGCCGCUGGGGACGUUUCGCGCGGAGGAACGUCUGCGACUCAGCAACAGAAAUUCCAUACUAAUGACGUAAAAUCUGUCCGGAAUCCGGUCAGAAGCGCUGAUUGGUCGACGCAGCACUUACAUUGUUUUAGCUAUUGUUUAUGAAUGACAGACAAAAAACAAAAGGCCACAAAGGUCAAAUGUAAACGCGAAGAAUCUCUGACAAAACAGUCAAUUUUUGUGGAAUAUAGACUUAUGUACAAGAAGCAUUUGGAUUUUGCUGGAGUUCGUGGGCAGAUCAACACAACACUUUACCAAAAUCGACCGGAAGAAACGUAAAAUUAGACAAAUUUAUAUUUGGAACCCCAUGACUUCCGGAUUUAAUAUGUAAACAUUGAUUGGCGUCAUCAGUAUGGAAUUUCUGUCGCUGAGUCGCAGACGUUCCUCCUCGCAAAACGUCCCCAGCGGCGAAGAGCGAGGAGAAACGGAUGUUUUCGCAGGCUAGAUUCACUCACACUUAAGACUCGUCAUUGUCUACGUAUGGCUGAUUGCCCUGUGCGUGGCACUGCUUUCUCUUCUGAAUAGAUGCAACGAGGCAGAGUACAGGCUCAUAAUCACCGACGCAAUCGGAUUUCCAGUCAUGGCCCUCAUGUUUCUUAUAUACUCACGGAUAUUUCUCUUGAUGCAAAAAUGGAUUCGGCAAGAUCUCGAUCUUUCUAUUUCAGAGAGUCAAAGAUUGCUAGGCAGUGACAAUCUUUCCGAAAACAUUCGUACGCGUGAAAGGCACAUCGCUUUUUCAGUGUUCCUGUUUGUUAGUGUUUUUGCCCUCUGCUGGACACCAUGUUUUGUUAUGGAAAAUGUAUUUUACAAAUAUAGGAGAUCUCCCACUCUGGCAACUACCGCAGAUUGGGUGAGGCUUUCGGGACUGUUGAGUUCAUUGUUGAAUCCCGUGAUUUACGCAUUAAGAUACGAAAAGUUUAGAAAGGCGAUUCGCCAGAUUUUU